AUGCAUUCCACUCUUGCGACCACUGCUUUCUUGGCCCUUGUCCAAAACGCCCUGGCGUCCCUGGAUAUAGUGCCUGGUGCUACCUGGACGGCUGCGGGCACUAACCAACACAUCCAAGCCCAUGGCGCAGGGAUCAUUCAAGUUGAUGGGAACCUCGUUGACUGGACCUUCGAAAAUGAGCUCCUCACCCUUCAAGGAUCCGGUGACCUGGGCCCAAACCGUGUAGUGGAACGACCAAAGGUUAUUUACAACGAGGAGAACAAACAGUAUGUCAUGUGGAUGCACAUUGAUAGCUCCGACUACAGCGAGGCAAAAGCUGGGGUUGCCGUCGGGUCAUCAGUAUGCGGGGACUACACCUACUUGAACUCUUCUCGGCCUCUAGGUUACCAGUCUCGUGAUAUGGGUCUCUUCAAGGACACGGACGGGUCCGCGUAUCUAUUGACUGAAGAUAGAGAAAACGGUCUCCGAAUCGACAAGCUAUCGACUAAUUACCUUACUGUCGAGUCCAACGUUUAUACCUUCACGGCUGACUACGAGUCGCCCGCGAUCCACAAGUCAGGAGAUGUCUACUUUAUGUUUGCCAGUCAGCUCACAGCUAACUCCGAGCAGGGUGGACCUUGGUCAGACUGGUCUGAUUUCGCCCCCUCGGGGACAAAUACAUAUACCUCUCAAACAACAUUUAUCUUGGAUGUCAAUGGUCUUGUGAUGUAUAACACUCUUGAUUACGAGUCAUGUCCUCAAGGCGCUAACAGUAUUAGAUACAUGGGCGAUCGAUGGCUCUCCAAUGACCUUGCAUCGUCAAAAUACAUGUGGCUUCCUCUCACUAUUUCUGGGACGACCGCGUCGAUGGACAGCAAUGCCCCUUGGACUCCAUCCUUACAAGAUGGAAGCUGGACUUCCGUCUCGAACACCACCAAUUUGGGAUCCAAAUCAUCCGGAACCAUAGGUGGAUCCGCGAAAGCGCUGUCCUGUUCCGGGUGCAGCUCAGAAAUCAUCGGCUACAUUGGCGGACCCAAUAACGGCACAUUGACAUUCAACUCGGUGUCUUUCGCUGAUGCUGGAGAAAACACCGUGCAGAUAUCAUACGGCAAUGGCGAUAGCACGCAACGUUAUUGCACCGUCACUGUUAACGGACAGGUCCACGUGCUGGCUUUUCUGCCGACUGGUGGUCCACAGAGUCUGGGAGUCAGUGUUCUCAAUGCAGACUUCAGCCAGGGAAGCUCCAAUAUCAUCAGCUUCUCGGCUUAUAAGGGACAAUAUUGUGAGAAGAAGGCUACAAGCGCAUUAUAUCUUUUCAGGCUAAUCGGCUCCAUAGGUCCAGAUAUUGAGGGUUUGGUUAUCUCGUAA